UCCAUUGCUGUGCACUCCCGCUCUUUACGAUCUAACCUACAGUGCGUUUCCGCGCAUGCUCAGAAGUAUACUGUUACUUCUAGCGUUUCCUGUUUUACGCUGUUCAUUGGCAAAGAUGGCAGAAAUGAAAGAAAUGAAGGCUUUGACUUAUGGAGUGAUCACGACGAUUCUUUUAAGUUCCGCUGUUUUCGCAUUGGUGGAGGACCUCGAUGACACAUUCAAAGACAACAGAAUGGAUGAUGUCUGGCUGGUGGAUUUUUAUGCUCCCUGGUGUGGAUACUGUAAGAAGCUGGAACCGAUCUGGUAUGAGGUAGGAGCUGAGCUAAAGAACUCUGGAUCACCCGUCCGAGUGGGAAAGAUGGAUGCCACUGCAUACUCUGGCAUGGCUUCUGAGUUUGGAGUACGAGGAUAUCCAACAAUAAAACUACUAAAGGGGGAACUCGCUUAUAAUUAUAAAGGACCCAGGACCAAAGAUGACAUCAUUGAGUUUGCUAACAGAGUGGCUGGGCCUUCUGUGCGGUCACUCCCAAGCAGACAGAUGUUUGAGCACGUCUUGAAGAGGCACAACGUACUAUUUGUGUACAUAGGGGGAGAGUCACUGCUCAAGGAGAAGUACAUAGACGUGGCUUCUGAACUUAUUGUUUACACCUACUUUUUCUCUGCCUCUGAGGACAUCAUACCUGAGUACGUGACAUUGUCUGAACUGCCCUGCGUGGUUGUGUUCAAGGACGGGACCUAUUUCACUUAUGAUGAGUAUGAAGAUGGCAGCUUGGCAUCAUGGGUGAACAGGGAACGUUUCCAAGGUUACCUGCAGAUUGACGGCUUCACACUCUAUGAGCUGGGGGAGACAGGUAAAUUGGUAGCAAUUGCCGUAAUUGAUGAAAAGGUUUCAACAGAAGAAAGCUUGAGGUUAAAGAGUCUCAUACAGAGAGUUUCAACCGAGUACAGGGACAACUUCUACAGGGAUUUCCAAUUUGGCCAUAUGGAUGGUAAUGACUACAUCAACAGCCUCAUCAUGGGUGAGGUAGCUGUGCCGUCUGUCAUUGUCCUGAACACAUCUAAUGAGCAGUACUUCCUGCCCAGCGAGCCCAUGGAGAGUCUGGAGCAACUGAUCAGCUUCAUCAGGAGUGUCUUGGAUGGCACAGCUCAGGCUUAUGGAGGGGACGGAUUUUUUCACAGACUCAAGCGUGUGGCCUAUGAUGCCAGAUCCACCAUCAUGUCUGUAUUCCGCAGUUCUCCGGUGCUGGCCUGUUUCCUCUUCGGCCUGCCAUUAGGUGUCAUUAGUCUCAUGUGCUAUGGCAUAUGCACAGCUGAGUCAGACGAUGAUGUAGAGCUGAUUAAGCAAGAGGGACAGACAGAUGAGGAGGACGAAGAGGAGGACGAAGAUGUGAGACGGCAUCUGGCUGCACAGCUCAAGGGCCCAGGAGGGGGCGAUGAGAUAGAAGAGCUAGAGGAAAAGAGUGCAGCAGAGAAAAAGCUUGAUUAACACAGGGGAGGUGUGUGGAUGAAAGGGAAGGUAAUAACAGAAAUGCAGACAUUAAACAUUUAUCUGGUUUCACAUUUUUGAAUCACUCCUGCACUCUGAUUUACUGCUGUAGGGUUUAAAAGGUGAGUUUGAAAACUUUUUUAGUGAUUUCCUUUUUUUAAUUUAUAUCUGUUUGAGAGUUAUGGAAUUAUGAGGUCAGGAGUUGUAAUAUCAGAGUUCUCUGAGGUUCUGAGGUUCAGCUGAAUGGCAAAUGGAUUGUCAUUUCUGCUGGGUGUGAAUCAUAAAAGUCUCCUUUCAUCAGUCAUUCUGUUUUAUAUGCUACAGGCAAUCCUGUCUAGCAUUUUAGUCCAGUGCUCAUUAUCUAUCCACUGUGCAAAUUGCUCUUGCUGUGUUGCACUGCUUUGGUAUUGUUAGAUGUAGAUAUUAGCUAUGUUUUGCCCAUGCUCUAGCUAUGUUAAGCUCCAUGCUCUAAAUCAGUAUGAGAUUUAAACACAAGAAGACUCAGCAUUCAUGAAAAUAGAGGUUUCAAAUGCAGCAUAAUUUCCCUGCUAAAAAACAAAACACACAAAGCUGUAAAGGCAUUACUUAAAAGACAUUUGACAGAUUUGGUAAGCAUGUAAUCACCAGUGUGUGAAACAAACAAUGAAGUGAGAGACUGAUCAAGAUACACUGUAUCGACAUUACAUAUGAAGUAAAACGAAUGAAUUGGGCCUUUACUUCCAGAACUUUACUUCCAAAACUUUCCUAUGCUCAUUUUACCAUCACCAUUGCCAGUAAAUUACAUUUUUUGCAAGGUAAUAGAUGCAAUUCAAGUUAAUUGCACUUUUCUCAUAUGACAGGUUAUGUAUGGUUUGGGCAACGGUUUAAUGCUUAAAGCCUUUUUUUGUGACAUCUAAAAUUUAACAAAGAUGUCUUCACAUAUUAGAACACAACAGGUAAUCAAGAUAAAAUGUUUAAAAUAGUGUUUUGGAUAGAAUUUUCCUGUCUGUGUAUAUAUACAGUCAGGUCCGGAAGUAUUUGGACAAUGACAGAGUUUUUGUGAUUUUGCCUUUAUACACCACCACAAUGGAUUUGAAAUCAAACAAUCAAGAUAUGAUCGAAGUGUAGACUUUCAGCUUUAUUUUAAGAGGUUCAACAAAAAUAUGGCAUUUACCAUUUAGGAAUUACAGCCAUUUUAAGCAAAGUACUUCCAUUUUCAGGGGCUCAAAUGUGUUUGGACAAUUGACUGACAAGAAGUUAAUUGACCAGGUGCGGUCCAUUCCCUCAUUACUUCAAGACAAAUGAAGCAGAUUAAAGGUCUUGAGUUGAUAUCAGGUGUUGAGUUGGCAUUUGGCAGCUGUUCGAGUGGAGCUACCAAUAUGAAGUCCAAGGACAUCUUAAUGCAAGUGAAGGAGGCCAUCAUUAGACUGAAAAAAACAACAUAAAUCUAUGAGAUACCAAAAACCUUAGGUGUGGCCAAAUCAACAGUUGGGUAUAUUCUUAAAAAGAAAGAAAGCGCUGGUGAGCUCAGCAACAUCGAAAGGCCUGGAAGACCACGGAAGACAACUAAAGUGGUGAAUCGCAGAAUCCUUUGCUUGGUGAAGAAAAACCCCUUCACAACAUCAACAGAAGUCAAGAAUACUUGGGAGAAGGUAGGCGUAUCAUUGUCAAAAUCUACAAUCCAGAGAUGCCUUCAUGAAUGUAAAUACCCUAGGGUUUACAAGAAGAUGCAAACCACAGGUAACAUUCAAGAACAGGAAAGCCAGAUUAGACUUUGCCAGAAAACAUCUAAAAAAAACUCCCAUGUUCUGGAAUAAGAUUCUUUGGACUGAUGAAACCAAGAUUAACUUGUACCAGAAUGAUAGGAAGAGAAAAGUAUGGCGAAAGAAAGGAACAGCUCAUGAUACAUGCAUGGGCAUGUAUGGCUGCCAGUUGAACGGGCUCACUGGUGUUUAUUGAUGAUGUGACUGCUGACAGAAGUAGCAAGUUGAAUUCUGAGGUGUAUAGGGCUAUACUCUCUGCUCACAUUCAGCCAAAUGCUACAAAACUGAUAGGACGCCGCUUCACAGUGCAGGUGGAUGACCCUAAACAUACUGCGAAAGCAACUCAAGACCUUUUGAAGGCAAAGUAAUGAAAUAUUCUUCAAUGGCCAAGUCAGUUGCCUGAUCUCAACCCAAAAGAGCAUGCUUUUCACUUACUGAAGACAAGACUGAAGGCAGAAAGACCCACAAACAAGCAGCAACUGAAGGUGGCUGCAGUGAAGGCCUGGCAAAGCAUCUCCAGGGAGGAAACUCAGAAUUUGGUGAUGUCCAUGGGAUCCAGACUUCAGGUAAUCAUUGACUUUCAUCCAAGAAUUAAAAUUAUGGUUAUAGUUAGAAUUAUGUCACUUUGUCCAAAUACCUUUGAGCCCCUGAAAAUGGAGGUACUUUGUUGAAAAUGGCUGUAAUUCCUAAAUGUUAAAUGAAAUGUUUUUGUGGAACCUCUUAAAAUAAAGCUGAAAGUUUACACUUCGAUCACAUCUUGAUUGUUUUAUUUCAAAUCCACUGUGGUGGUGUAUAAAGGCAAAAUCACAAAAACUCUGUCAUUGUCCAAGUACUUCUGGACCUGACUGUAUGUUCAGUCUUUUCACUGUUGAAUUUGUGGCUUAGAAAUGAAAUCUGCCUGUUCUGAACUCUUGCAGGUUAUGCAAAUGUCAAUGCACUGCGUUAAGAUAAUUUUACUGUAUGCACUGAACACACUGGGAAUGUGAAGUCCAGUUACUUCUUGUUAAAGAAAAACUUUGACCAAAAGUUAAAUUUGCAUGAAUUUCUUUCAUUUUUUUAAACAAUGUUUGAGGUUUUGGUUUCACAUAAAGCCAAUAUCAUUAAAGUAAUUCAAGACUGUUCAGAAAAAAAGUAUAUUAUACUGAUUAAUAAAGCAGAGAGAUGGCAGGUUAAAUGUAUUUUGCCACUGAUACGUGAUACUUUUCUAAAGUAACUUGAUGGUUAAAAAUAUGAUGAUUAAAAAUAAAAUCAGCAUUUUGAAGACUGAAGAGUAAACGAGACGUUUAUCAUGAUUUUAUAUAUACAUUUUAUAUAUACAUAUACAUUCUGUAUUUAAAAUCUGGUUCAACUAAUCAAAUAGCAAUUGUGUAACUAGGUAGUUUUUUGACCUUCAGACCUCAGUCAGAUAACUUGAUUUUAAAAUUCUAAUGAAGAAACACGUAGACUCCCAGGCCUGGACUGUUUCUUGGUGUAUUAUUUGGUAGACAACAUUUUUAAAGCUGAACAUUAACUGAAAGUGGUUAUAAAUAAUUGUUUGCAAAGCCUGCACAUCUUUUAUUCUAUGUUGCUACCUGCCGCUUGAGGUUUCAAGAAAUAUUUAAGCAUUCUUUACAAAAGUGUAUCCCAUUGUGGGCCCUCAAUAUUGCUCUUACUUUUUCUAGUUUAUGCCCACGUUAGCAUUUGUACAAGCUUUCUAAAAGGCUUUGUCCUUAAUUUGGGAUAUCUGUGUUACUACCUAUGCCAUUGCUUGGUGCAUGACAACAUGUACUUUUCCAAGUCCCGUACUUAUAAUAAGAAAAUGCCAUGUGGCUAGUUCAUGAAUUGCAGUUAGAUUUACUUAAGCCAGAUUUUAAGUUGUUCUACUAUUUCUUUAUUGAUUUAUUCUCAUGGUGUUAAUGAGCUUUGCAAAGAAUGAAUUAUUAGUUGGUAUGCAUAUUGUCUCCUGAGAGUAGUCAAAUAAAUGUGGUAAUUUCCCCCAUUUCCUCUUUGUUGGUUGUUAAUUCCUCUAGUAUCUUGGCUGAUUCUCUCUUCUUGCUGAUUUCUCAAGAUUUCUGUCAUAACCUUUGACUGAUAGGAUUAUUUUAAGGGGUGUUAAAUACUUAAUUAAAUAAAUACUUAAAGUGAGACCAA